AUGUAUAGGUCCUUUCUGUCGAAGAUAGACCCGCCCAUUGAUUAUGUGGGGCAGAAGUUGGCAUCCGACCUUAUGUACCUUAUAUUUGGUGUUGGAUAUACGGCGGCAUUUGUUGCCGGAGUUUUGUUCAAUGACCUUGUGUACACGAUGUACAUCAGCAUUGCAACGCUGGUAAUCUCUGUGAUUAUUGUGAUUCCAUCCUGGAGAUUCUAUCGCAGGAAUCCGCUGAAGUUCAGGGCGCCUGUUAAAGACAAGGAAGACUAG